AUGCCUCAAUUGGCUGAUAGGCGAGUUUGUACAACCACAGGGAAGGGAAAGGAAACAAUGCCGAGCACUAGCACUACCCGUCGGAGCUCUGUGUCAGCGGUGGGGUCGUCCAAUGGCUCUGUAUCGACACCGGCGAAUCUAAAUAGCCGUUCUGCAUCAUUAAAUGCAAAAUCAAAACCGCAGAUUAUAACACCAAAGAUCCAGGAGAGUCAAUUGGGUGAGGCUAUCCAGUUCAGGGGGCAGAUAUUACCGGAAUUCAAAGAACUUGGGCAGCCGGAUCUUGUCCACAUAUCCAAGUAUGAGAGAUCGAUGAAACAAGAAAUUGGAGAGUACCAUUAUGUUACUGGUAUCAACACCUCCAGCGUCAUCCAGCCUUUCAUGUACAUACAGACCAUACAGUUGAACGACAAGGAGCUGGCAACAAACAAGCACAUGAAGGUCGGCACGUACUGCUGCUAUAAUAUCUUUAGUAGGGGUGACUUGAGAAUCAGAUGCCAGUUUCCUGGUUCUGCUUCACCAAUGGUUCAAUUUGUGCCCUCAAAUAAAUCCAAAAUUACAAUACAAAUCACCGAUGAUGAAAAAUCAAGGAAAUUACACAAGGAAACCUAUGUCUCAUCUUUAAUACGUGCGAUUCUAUUUGCAGAUUCUCCGGACAGACAGUUACCUGGUAUGUGUAAAUUCAAUCCGAUUCAAUCAACAAAAGAUUCCAAGGAAGCCAUUGUACUUUUAUGCCAUUUCUUAGAUAGAGGUCCAGAAACAGGGUGUUCGGACAUCUACAACAGGCCCUCAUUGAUCAACAACCAUUUAGUUGAUGCACUUUUAAAACUACUCUCAAUAACAAAAUAUUACGAUAUUGCAAUAAAAGAAAUUGAAAAUUUGAUGUCAGCAAUGAAAUUGAAUUUGAAUGUAUUGAUUGUUAAGAUAUUGUUAUUGAAGAGUGAAUAUGCAAAGGCAGUCAGAUUGAUGCAUGAUUGUUUAAUUAGAAUUCCAAGGGACGGUUGGAUGCUCAAUGAACAAGCACUCUUUCUAAUCAAUCAAAACAGACCAGAUUUGGCGUUGCUACCCGCAAUGAAAUCAGUCGAAUGUUUGCCAUCUGAGUUUGUUUGCUGGAAGAAUCUAAUCCUAGUGUAUAUUCUACAAAACGAUCUAAAGAAUGCACUAUUGGCAUUAAACUCAUCACCAAUGUAUGUUAACAAAAGGAAAGAUAUUUAUUCUGCAUUGAAACCAAGUAAUUUUGAGUUUCCAUUCCCAUUAGAGGGUAAAAUUGAGAACGUUUGGAAAGAUUGUGAGACUUUUGGCUGUAUAUCAGGGCCUGGCGGUAUUGUAGAAUUUUCAUCAAAUGCCGAAGUCUCCAAAACUAAUAAGUACCGUUUGAAAGUUUACGAUGAGAUGAAACUAAACUACACAUUCAAAGAAGCAUAUGAUCUAUUGGCACUAAUGACCAAGAAGUGCGGAUGGAGUGAGUUAUUGAAGUUAAGAUCCAAGAUUUUUGUUAUGGAAGAUGAGUACAAUGAGGUUGUUAAUUCCGAGAAAAUCAAAGAGAAUAAGAGUGAGGAUACCAAGACAAUAAAGGACAAAUCCACAAUCUCCCUAACUGAAAUUUCUACCAGAUUUAAAACUAAGAGAUUGAGUGAAAAAUGGUUGGAUUCAUUGUUUUUGAUAUUUUACGAGAACCUCAAAAACGUACUGAUCUACCAGAAUGAGCUGAAUGCUAACCCAGAUAUACAAUUCUGCCCACUUGAAUGGGAACUCGUUGCUGACGAAUGUUUCAGAGUCCACUACUUCAAGGAAAGUAUAGUCGCCUACGAGACAUGUAUCAAUAAGAGGUUCAGUGUUUUCGCUGCUCUUAAACUAUUGAACCAUUUCCUCAGCUACACAACAAAUGAGAGGGCAUUCGACGCAUUAAAUGGUGAGGAUGAAAGUUCAGCCAAAUUGGACGAGGAUUUCAUACUCAACAUAUGUUGUAAACUAAUUAGCUGGUCGGCUCGAUUUUACAGUGAGUUCCCACUCAUAUGUUUCCAAGCACUAGCGACAUUGAUCAACUUACCCGACAGUGACGCCACUGUUGUGAAAUCCAAACUAGAGUACAAGCUCACGGAGAUUGAACAACAGCAACAGCAGAAACGAAUGGACAUGACCACUUCGGACAAGGCCGUCUACAGAGAGAUGGACAACUCUCAAGGUGUUAUGGCUCUAGUCGACCGCUACAUCUCGUGGCUUCAGCAGUUUGACCAAGAAGAAUUCUCCUUCUGA